GAGAGCAGGCAGACAACUCCUGGUGGUGGACUAACUGUGCAAACCUAAAGUGAACAGCUCAGAUAAUGUGUAAGGGAUUAGCUGCCCUGCCCCAGACAUGUCUGGAAAGGGCUAAGGAGAUCAAGACUAAAUUGGGAACUCUGCUUCAGAAGCCAGAGAAUUCCAUCGACCUUAUUAUCCCCUACCAAGAAAAGCCUGAGAAGAAACCAGAGAAGCUUCAGAAACCCACACCUGAAGAAGCAGCCCAAUGGCGCGAGUCCCUUGAUAAGGUCCUUUCCAACAGCUGUAAGUAUGAUGUUUAUCUUAAUGGCCAUUCGGUUGCAUUUUGCAUCUUGAAAGUUCUUCCAGGCAUGAAGGUGAACAUCGACCACUGCACCAAAGAUGUGACUCUGAGGAACCUGGUGGAUCUUUCUCCCUCCACCUUCGAGCUGGCUCAGAGCCGGAUCUACACCCUGAUGGAGAAAGACUCCUUCGGUCGGUUUCUGCGGUCUGAGCAGUACCAGGAACUCCUCAAGUAAACUGACUUGUCCAGCUGCAGGGAGACUCAUCACUUUGAUCACAAAUUUAUGUCACAGAAAUCAUUUUUACUCAAAGUCUUUAAUGUACACUUUUUGACAAAUUUCUAAAGCUCAUUAAACGAUACCACAGUUGGUGGAAGUGGAAAACAUCGGGAACGGUUGCAAUGUCUCCCUGCAGCUGACUGAACUGGCCCACUGCUAACAACAACAUCUUAACACAAUGUGAUUCUUGCCCAGUGCUCUGAAUGUCAAAGUCAAGAACUUCAAUAAAAGAAGUUGAUUAGGGUUUAAGACACAGUAUUGCUCCUUGUAAAAGUGUGAUUUGUCAUUAGCAAACAUUUAAUUUGUACAAGUGCAAAAUGCCAAGGAUUUGAAGCGCCUCUUAAAAUCUUGUAUAUAUGUCCUAUUAAUUGGAGUCACACUCUUUUCUGACCCCUGUAGACUAAAUAAAGACUAAAACUGAUCCCCACUUGUAAUUUAUGGCUUUUCGGAUAAGUGCAGAAGUGUUUCAUGUUCUUUUGAUGAGGACAUUCUGACCCGAGCAUCUAAGCAGCAUGUUCAUCGAGGGGAAGAGGCUGGGGAAUGGGAACGGGAGAUUGUGGGCUUUUUCUUGGAAAUGUCUGUGUUAACAUUAAAAUGCCCAAAUGGUAAACCAAUGGAAAUCACGGGGAAACGACCCGCUUAGUAUUGAAAGCUAACUAUAAGUCAAAGCUAAAAAAAAAAGUGUGACAUGUUAAGAUGCACUCCAGUCUCUGGGAACUUGUUGUUUGGGUUACCGCUAUUGAAAGUUGCUAAGAAGGGAAUAUUAAGUAGGAGGGAAUCUCUGUAAAGCACUGUGCACAUUCUUUUUUAUUCUAAAGGCAAUGUUUAUUCCCAUGCCACUUUAAAAGCAGAACACAUUUAGAUUAAGUCAUGGAAACCCAAAAUAUCUGAGUGUUUUUUCCGACUUUCUAAAGCAACCAUUUAUCACAAUACCAUACAUUUAUAAGUCCUAUAAACUAUUAUACUCUAAAUAAGAAUGAUUGCUGCAAAAUGUUAUUGAAGUUAACAUCAAUUAUUUGCUCUUAGCAUAUGCAGCCAGUCGUGAGUCAAGUUAUUGCAGACAGAAAGGCAUAUCAAAUAUAUGUAACCCACAUGUGUGAUAUUCAGUGUUUUUUGCAUUUCAAGUGUGUUUCACAGACACAUAUACUCUUGCAUGUUUCUUUAUUAUACUGUGUGUAGCUAUGUCACUAAAUCUAAUAACCUUCAUUCAUAAAUGAGCAGUGGUAGGUGCAUCCAGAAGUCCUUACUGAUGUUCCAAAAGCAAAUUAUUAGUUCACUGCAGGACAGGUUUAGUUUAAUAUGGCUAUCAAUAACUAAAGUAUAUUAAAGAGAAAUGGAAUGAAUUCAACAAGAAUUAGUUACAUUUUUAAAAUAAUCUUUUAAAAUUAUUACAUUGGCUUAAAAAAAUACCGAAAUUUUGUCAAAAUUGUCAGUAAGGACUGACAGAGUACCUUGCAUAUUCAAUAAAUCUGCAUAAAACUAUAUGCAUGUAUGUUUGUAGUUGAUCAUAUAAAGUCCAUAAUCA